GACAUGAGUGGUAUUUCCAAGCAACCCUCACUGUUCUACCACCUUGGCGUGCGUGAAAGCUUUGACAUGGCUAAUAAUGUUAUACUCUACCAUGACACUGAUGCUGACACUGCUCAGUCUCUCAAAGAUAUGGUAUCUCAGAAAAACACAGUAACUGCCAACCACAAAGCUUUUCUUGAGGUUCAAGUAUCCCCUGAAUACCACAGUGGUAAACUGAGAGGUGAAGCUUCCAGUGGCAAUUAUUAUUUUAUUCCAUACAUCGUCACACCUUGUGGUGACUACUUUUGCUGUGAAAGCGAUGCCCAGCGAAGAGCUUCUGAGUAUAUGCAACCUAACUGGGACAAUAUCCUGGGACCACUUUGUGUCCCAAUGGUGGACAAGUUUAUCAGCCUGCUCAAGGAUAUUCAUGUUACAUCAUGUGCCUAUUAUAAAGAAACACUGCUAAAUGACAUUAGAAAAGCAAGAGAGAAGUAUCAAGGAGAUGAACUGGCUAAGGAACUGGCCAGGAUUAAGCUUCGUAUGGAUAAUACUGAAGUGCUGACUUCUGACAUUGUCAUAAACCUUCUUCUUUCUUACAGAGAUAUUCAGGACUAUGAUGCUAUGGUGAAGCUGGUAGAAACACUAGAAAUGCUUCCUACCUGUGAUCUGGCUGAUCAACACAACAUUAAAUUUCAUUAUGCUUUUGCUUUGAAUCGAAGAAAUAAUGCAGGUGACAGAGAGAAGGCACUACAAGUUAUGCUUCAAGUCCUGCAGACGUGUGAUCACCCUGCUCCAGAUAUGUUUUGUUUAUGUGGGAGGAUCUACAAGGAUAUGUUUCUUGAUUCAGACUGUAAAGAUACUAAUAGUCGAGAUCAUGCCAUUGAAUGGUAUCGCAAAGGAUUUGAACUCCAGUCAACUCUGUAUUCUGGAAUUAACCUUGCAGUUUUGCUACUUGUCGCAGGACAACAGUUUGAAAGCUCAAUGGAACUGAGAAAAAUAGGUGUACGGCUAAACAGUUUAUUGGGAAGAAAAGGAAGCCUAGAUAAAAUGAACAAUUACUGGGAUGUGGGACAGUUCUUCAGUGUGAGCAUGCUGGCUAAUGAUGUUGGUAAAGCAGUACAAGCAGCAGAGAAACUUUUUAAGCUGAAACCUCCAGUGUGGUACUUGAAAUCAUUAGUUCAGAAUGUGAUGUUAAUUCAGCGUUUCAAGAAACUCACCAUAGAACAUUCUCCUAAACAAGAAAGAUUGACUUUCUGGCUAGAUAUAAUUUUUGAGGCAACGAGAGAAACAACUAAUGGACUGAGAUUUCCAGUUUUGGUGAUUGAACCAACUAAAGUCUACCAGCCUGCAUAUGUUUCAAUCAACAAUGAAGCAGAUGAGAGAUCUCUCUCUUUGUGGCACGUCUCUCCCACUGAAAUGAAACAAAUUCACGAAUGGAAUUUUACAGCUUCUUCUAUUAGGGGAAUAAGCAUUUCCAAGUUUGAUGAACGAUGUUGUUUUCUUUAUGUCCAUGACAACUCUGACGAUUUUCAAAUCUACUUUUCUACAGAAAACCAAUGUAGCAGAUUCUGUGGGUUGGUGAAAGAAAUUUUGUCUGAUGCAGUUGGCAGUACUUUGGAACUAGAAGGAGAGAUAGAUGGAGACACAUUGGAGUACAAAUAUGAUUACGAUGAGAAUGGUGACAGGGUAGUUCUAGGGAAAGGUACUUAUGGAAUAGUUUAUGCUGGAAGAGACCUUAGCAAUCAGGUCCGAAUAGCCAUCAAAGAAAUACCUGAGAGAGACAGCAGGUAUUCUCAACCUCUUCAUGAAGAGAUAGCACUGCAUAAAUAUUUAAAACAUCGGAACAUUGUCCAGUAUCUUGGAUCUGUUUCAGAAGACGGAUACAUUAAAAUUUUUAUGGAGCAGGUGCCAGGAGGCAGCCUCUCCGCUCUCCUAAGAUCUAAAUGGGGCCCAAUGAAAGAACCUACAAUUAAAUUUUACACCAGGCAGAUUCUGGAAGGCCUUAAGUAUCUCCAUGAGAACCAGAUUGUACACAGAGAUAUAAAGGGGGAUAAUGUUUUGGUGAACACCUAUAGUGGCGUGGUAAAGAUAUCUGAUUUUGGUACUUCCAAACGGCUGGCAGGAAUCAAUCCAUGCACUGAAACAUUUACAGGAACCUUGCAGUACAUGGCUCCAGAAAUCAUUGAUAAAGGACCACGAGGAUACGGUGCACCAGCUGAUAUCUGGUCACUAGGUUGUACCAUUAUUGAAAUGGCAACAGGCAAGCCUCCAUUUCAUGAACUAGGGGAGCCUCAAGCAGCAAUGUUUAAACACAGUUUAUUGAACUGUCAGGAAGUGCUGGUUCAGACCUGGGUGCUUGACAAGCUCUGCGCAGGCUCACAAG